GUUGUAUGAAGGAAAGGUAUUUUCCUUCGGGUUGAAGUCUUGGAGUGCGCUAUCUCCGAGCAAGUGUUGUUGAGGCUCGUGGGACUCGAGUUCUCAGGUUGUAACGGUUUGUUAAGCACCCGUAAGCUUAACGGAAGUAGUGUAGCUCGAGAGAGUCUCUCGGGAGGCUGGAUUAGCCACAAGUUGUGGUGAACCAGGGUAAAUCUUGGUGUGCUCCCUUUACGCGUUCUACGCUCUUUAUCUUUCACGUUCUUAAUUUUUUAUUCCUGCGAUUUCUACGAUCAAACGCUAUUCACCCCCCCUCUAGCGUUGGUCACUUAUUCUAACAAUUGGUAUCGGAGCCUAACUCGCGUCCAAACUUAACCGUUUGAGAGUAAAGCGAUCAUGGGUUCUUCUUCUAGAAAUCUUUAUGCAGGGAUUGGAGAAGGUCAAUCAACUACACGGCCAGCUCUUUUUGAUUCAACCAAUUAUACAUAUUGGAAAGAACGAAUGAGAAUCUAUAUUCGUUCCACGAACUUCCAAUUAUGGUUGGUUAUCAAAAACGAGGAAGAGGUGCCGAUGAAGAAAGUCGGAGACAAGUUGAUCCCCAAGACCGAAGACGAGUUUGAUGCCGAGGACAUCAAAAAGGUCGAGAAUUACGCAAAGGCAAUAAACAUGCUUUAUUGUGCCGUAAAUCCUGAUGACUACCGCAAGAUCUCCUGCUGCUCAACCGCCAAGGAGAUGUGGGGUAAACUUGAGGUGACGUACGAAGGAACGGACCAAGUACGUGAAGCCAAGAUUGACUUCCUCACCCAAGAAUAUGAGAUGUUCAAGAUGAAGGAGCACGAGAAGAUUGACGACUUGUUCGACCGAUUUUCCAAGAUAGUCAACGACCUUCAUGCAUUGAAGAAGACCUACACCGACAGGGAUCUUGUGCGAAAGAUCCUACGGAGCUUGACAUCCGAAUGGCGAUCUAAGGCCGAUGCCAUCUAUGAGUCAAUCGGCACAUCAAAUGUCACCAUCGACGGUUUAAGAGGUUAUGAUGAUUGGAAGAUCAUGAUGGAAGCACAUCUCUACGCUCUACAUGACUGCAUGUGGAUGGUGCUUGAGGAUGGACCCUUGAAAAUCCAAAUGGAGAAUCCUGAGAGGAAUCCAGCAACUCCUGAUGUAAUCCAGUACAUUCCAAAGCCCAAGGAAAAAUGGGAUGAUAGAGAUUGUAAAAAGCACAAUCUGGACAACGUCGCCAAAGUAGCCAUCUUCAAGACACUUGAUCCCAUCACCUUCUCCAAAAUCAAGCAUCUCAAGACUGCCAUGGAGAUAUGGCAAGGUCUUGGGAAGCUAUGUGAGGGAUCAGAGGACUUGAGAAAGCAAAAGAUAGAAGUCCUACUUGAGAAGUUCAAAGGCUUCAAAAUGCUUCCAGGAGAAUCAUUUGAUAUGUUGGAUGAAAGGUUCCACAAAAUCUUGAAUGAUCUUGCCUCACUUAACCGCGUUCUCUCUCCCAAAGAAAAGAAUGUAAGGUUGCUGAGAUCACUCCCAACUGAGUGGUACACCAAAGCCACAGCCAUGGAAGAAGGAAGAAACCUGGAAAACUACACUGUUCAAGGUCUCCUUGAUGAACUCAGAACCUAUGAGCACGAGCUGAAAAAGAAAAAGGAAGAACAAGUCACUCCCUUCCCCACGACAUUGAUGACAGCUUCAAGAAUUCCAUCAAGUGAAGGGACAUGCACAAGAAACUGUGACACACCUUCCUCCAGCCAACCGUCAAGCUCAAAAAUGGAGAACUACGAAGAGGAAUUUGCCAUGAUGGUCAAACAAUUCCGGAAGUUCAAGAAGUUCUUCAAGAAGGCUUAUUCAAUCAGAAGGCCAUCCAAGGGAAAGCCACAGGUAAGUGACUCCCCUCCUGAAUCUUAUUUAUGUUAUAACUGCAGGAAGCCUGGCCACUGGAAGUCAGCAUGCCCGUACCCAAAAGUGGAGAAGUACGGAGAAAGAGAAAGGAUCGAGAAGAAAAAGAAAGAAAUGGUUGCUGCUGAAAGUGACGAGUCAUCCAGCUCAAGCUCGGAUGAAGAAGCCCUCGUCUGCAUGGAGCGCAGGGUUGAGAAGUCCAACCAUGAGGAUAGGUGGGCUAUGUCAGAAGAUGACACUCUCUGCCUAAUGGCCAAAGAUGAUGCUGAUCAAGAGGUAACCUCACAAACCUCCUGCUCAUCUUCUUAUAGCACACCAACUUCUGAAAAUCUUUUUGACCAGUUCAAAAAGAUGAUGAAAGACUUUGAGGAAAUAAAUCUCAAACACACAUCCUUAACAGAAGAGAACAAACUAUUAAGUGAAGAGAAUCUCAAGUUAACUGAAAGUCGGAAACGUCAACUGAAUGAGAUCACUCAACUCAAGACUGAAAAUGAAUCUCUCUCUGAAAAGGUGAAAUCCCUUAACAAAGAACUAGGGACUCUUAAGUCAAAAGAGGCAGUGGAUAAGCUUCUUGAAACGACCAAACAUAAGGGUCGCAAAGGACUUGGGUUUGACUCCUCUAGUUCCAAAAGGAAAAGGAAGACAACUUUCAUCCCUCCUAAACCUACUGCCAAACCUAAUAAGCAGAAAGGGAAGGAAAAGGAGAAACCAACAAAAGUUCCCACAAAGGAAGCCGCUAAGUACCCAGGUGUCUGGUACUUAGACAGUGGCUGUUCAAGACACAUGACGGGUGAUGCGAGCCUUUUGAGCAAUCUAAUUCCCUAUGAUGGUCCAAGAGUUACUUUUGGAGGAAGCAAUGAUUUCGGCCUUACUAAAGGGCUAGGAAAUCUGGUGUACAAGGGGCUAACCAUUCAAGCUGUAUCUUAUGUUGAAGGACUCAAUUAUAACCUUCUUAGCAUAAGUCAGUUUUGUGAUAAAGGUUACUCCUUGGAAUUUUGCAAGGACAUGGCAUCUCUCAAGAACAUCUCCACAAAUGAAGUCAUUCUCACUGGGAAAAGAAUCAGAAACAUCUAUGAAGUGAUAUGGAGCGAUGUCAAGGAAGCAUGUCUAAUCAGCAAAGACAAGGAUGAAGAAGUCAAUAAAGAAGAUAGAAUGAAGCCCACGGAAUUCAUUCCAUUCAGAAGUCUGCCUCUGAAGAUUUCACAGAGAAAUCCGGAUUCAGACGGUGCUGAGCCCUCCGGAAAUUUUGGCCAGCCUUCCAAUAUUCCGGAUAUCUCAAACGGCAACAAUUCCGGAAAUGGCAACUCAGUGCCAAUCCAUCCGGAAACACCAACAACUUCUGUUCUUCAACCAGAAGCUGAACUAGAUCAACCAGUCAAUCCCAAUCAACACAAUCUUG